CGCCCUCAAACUGCCCCGUUUCCCCGCAGUCAGGGGAGCAGCUUUCCAACAUCAAGGAGCACACCAAGCAGAUCAACGACAUCCAGACCUCCAGGGACAUGACCAUGUUCAUCACUGCCUCCAAGGACAACACGGCCAAGUUAUUUGAUUGCACAACACUUGAGCAUCUGAAGACGUUCCGGACAGAGCGACCAGUGAACUCUGCAGCCCUCUCUCCCAUUUUUGAUCACGUUGUGCUUGGUGGUGGGCAAGAGGCCAUGGAUGUGACCACGACCUCCACCAGGAUUGGCAAAUUUGAGGCGAGGUUCUUCCACUUGGCUUUUGAGGAAGAGUUCGGCAGAGUGAAGGGUCACUUUGGUCCUAUCAAUAGCGUCGCUUUCCACCCCGAUGGGAAGAGCUACAGCAGUGGUGGUGAGGAUGGCUACGUUCGCAUCCACUACUUCGAUCCCCAGUACUUCGAGUUUGAAUUUGAGGCUUAACGGGGCGC